CAAACACAUCACGCACAAACCGUACGCGGCGCGUCUUUGUUUCGAAACGAAUAAAACAAAACCGAUUGGCAACAAAACAGCUGCAGCAGUAAUAUUUUAUUGUGUCGGCGGCCGUGUCAGCAUUCGCGGUUACCAAGACGUCUUAUCAUUUCCGGACAACGGCUUUAUGUGUUAUCACGAGACGUGAAGACGACUUGAGCGUUUUGUCCUUAUUGGGCCACAGCGGUUUUUUGCUUGUAAUCGCGUGCGUUGCAAUAAUUUCGCAUCCAUAUACGUUUUGGAGGACAGCCAACUAUAUAAUUGUAUUCUGGUCUGCGAGCGCGUUAUAGGUCACAGCUACUACGGAUCAUUCGCUAUGAUAUACAGCCGUCGACAACAGCCACAACACUCAGUCGUGGACGUCUCGUAGAGACUUGGUCUGUCCGCGGUUAUCGUUUGAGACAAUUAUGAAACCAAGCUGCCGUUGCCGCCGCUUCUCACGGGACUUGUCCUCGUCGUUUGCCUGACACAACCGUACAAAAUGAUCCCGGGCGUCGUGUGCAAAGUCCUGACGUUGCUAUUCGGAGUCAUGUACCCGGCCUACUCGUCAUACAAGACCGUCAAGAACAAGCACGUCAAAAAUUAUGUCAAGUGGAUGAUGUACUGGAUCGUAUUUGCCACAUUCACGUGCAUUGAAAGCCUGACAGACAUAUUUCUUGAGUUUUGGUUUCCUUUUUAUUACGACAUCAAACUGAUUGUGUUGCUGUGGUUAAGCUGUCCGUUCACCAAAGGUUCUACUAUAGUGUACAAACAAAUUGUGCACCCGACGCUUUUAAAAAAAGAGACUGACAUUGAUGAGUUUUUGAUAAGGUGUAAAUCGCGCACAUACAACGCUUUAACACAGACCGCUAAGCAGACGUUUCAAAUGACUGCUGCCAUAGUUAUCCAGCACACCGCUGCCGUCGGCGGCUUGUUGCCUUAUACGUUACUUCAGCAAGUGGCCAACAAACUGGAUGUCGAUUAUACAGCGGCAGGGGCAGAGCCAGCCAACCGAGCAGUAAAAAAGAAAAAAGCUGUUGCCGCCGACGAUCAGGAUGUGUCGUCAUCUGACGAGUGGUCAAUAGCACAACGUCCAGCCACACCACCAGUAGUUGUUCAAAGACCCAAGCGCACUAAGACGAGCCAACAAAAACUCAUUGCUGCAAACGUCACUAAACGUGCACUCGACUAGACCAAUGAGAAUCUCUAAAGACAAUACUAAUGACCAUGAGGAUUAUCUCUGUUAAGUUAUUUAUAAUUGGAAGUAAUUAUUAUUGAUAGAUAAUUAUAUCUCUAAUUUUCUAUACCUACCUACUAUUCAUCACACACAAGCAUCACCUUUCCACGACCCCAUACACACUUAUUUAUUUUGUCCAUGUUUUCGAUAUGGGAUAUGGGUAUUUAUUCGAAUGAUAAAUAACUUUUAUUAGCCCAACAAAAAAUAUAAAUCAGCUGCAGACUCGACUGAAUUGUGGCGUCUCGUUUGUUUCCAAACUUGUAUAUUUUCAAUAAAAAUUUGUUGACUUUUGUCAAGUGAUAAUUUUCAAUAACCUAUCAUUUUGUAUAAAUAAUAUUUCGUUUUCAUUAAAUUUAAUUAAAUAUCAUUAUGAGUUGUGAUAAAAAAAAAAAACCACGCUAUCUUCUUUAUACAAUAAUAAUUAUCGAGUAUUUUUAAUUUAAAUAUAGGUACGUUAUCUUAUUGCGAAUGUAUAAUUUUUAUUUUUUUUACUUGUAAAAAACUUUAUACGAGUAUUCGCUAGUCAUUUUCAUGCAACAUUGUCAUCAAUAAUGUGAUCGGUCUACUUUCGCAAAUAGAUCGUACACUAUUAAAAUAAUAUAAGUAAUGACAACGGUUGUUUCCUACCUAGAUGGUGCUAAUAUUAACAUAAUAUUUUCUUCUUAUUUUUUUUUUUUUUGUUUAUUUUUAAUUUAAAAGUAUACGUUAUUUUAUUUACAUGUGUUUACUCGGACGAGUCGUCCAAAAAUAAAUGAAAAACUUAAAUUACAAUUUAUUUUAAUUUUUCUUCUCAACCGUAUUUAUCAGUAUUUUAAUUUAAAACUGUAAUAUUAUUUUAGCAACAAUAAUAAGGUAGAUUUUAAUUGAUAUUUUGUGCAAUUUGAACAGUUACAAUGUUACACGCUAUAAUUUUCUUAUAGUAUAAUAUAGUUAAAAUUUUGAGCUCGAAAAAAAAUUAUUAUGUUAGUAGUAAAUUUAUUGAACUGUUAUAUUUUAUUUUGUACAAUAUUACACUAGUCAUGUUCAUAUCAUGGGCACGCUCAAACACAAUCCAUGUACGUAUUACAAUGAUACACUGAUGUGCACACAAAUAAUUAUUUUGGCAAUAUUAUUAACACCGUUAGGUUAAUAAUAGUAUAAAAAUUACGAUAAUUAUUGUAUAAUAUCAGUUUGAGGAACCGACGAAUUUGAUGUAUUUCUACUUACGAGCUUAUGUUUAUAAAUAAAUUUCAGUGUCAAAUAAAAUAUAUUGAUAUGUAAAAAA